UAGGGGCCCGGAGUCGGAGAGCGGAGAGCCGGUGAGGAUAGCGGCGUGCGGGGACGGGCGCAGCAUCUUCGUUCCCGGGACGCGCAGACCUAGAGGAGGCGAAGGGGUGUCGGGUCCUGGUAGCUGCUGGAGCUCCAAGGUGACCAAGGAUGGCAGAGAGGAUGUGACUGUCACCCACCUUUGUCCGCCCUCCUCGUGGCACCACCAUGCAAAAGCCCAGUGGUCUGAAGCCCCCUGGCCGAGGGGGGAAGCACUCCAGUCCGGUCGGCAGGCCGUCCAUUGGGUCCGCCUCAUCAUCUGUGGUAGCAUCAGCCAGUGGCUCCAAGGAAGGGUCUCCCCUGCACAAGCAGGCGUCCGGCCCCUCCUCGGCUGGAGCCACCAAUUUGGUCUCUGAGAAGCCAGGUCCAAAGGCAGCUGAAGUGGGUGAUGACUUCCUGGGAGACUUCGUAGUGGGCGAGAGGGUGUGGGUGAAUGGCGUGAAGCCAGGCGUGGUACAGUACCUGGGAGAGACACAGUUUGCGCCAGGCCAGUGGGCCGGCGUGGUCUUGGAUGACCCGGUGGGCAAGAACGAUGGAGCUGUGGGGGGCGUGCGCUACUUCGAGUGCCCGGCUCUGCAGGGCAUCUUCACACGGCCCUCCAAACUGACUCGCCAGCCCACGGCCGAGGGCUCGGGCAGUGACGCCCACUCAGUGGAAUCCCUCACCGCCCAGAACCUGUCCCUGCAUUCCGGCACGGCCACACCCCCACUCACCAGCCGAGCCAUCCCCCUGCGGGAGAGCGUGCUUAACAGCUCCAUGAAGACAGGCAAUGAGUCCGGUUCAAACCUCUCCGACAGUGGUUCUGUGAAACGCGGUGACAAGGACCUUCACCUCGGAGACCGUGUGCUGGUUGGUGGGACGAAGACCGGUGUGGUACGCUAUGUUGGGGAGACGGACUUUGCCAAAGGCGAGUGGUGUGGCGUGGAGCUGGACGAGCCGCUGGGGAAGAAUGAUGGGGCUGUGGCAGGCACCAGGUACUUCCAGUGCCCACCCAAGUUUGGUCUCUUUGCACCUAUCCACAAGGUCAUCCGAAUUGGUUUCCCGUCUACCAGUCCAGCCAAGGCCAAGAAGACCAAGCGCAUGGCUAUGGGCGUCUCUGCCUUGACCCACAGCCCCAGCAGUUCUUCCAUCAGCUCUGUCAGCUCUGUGGCCUCCUCUGUUGGUGGCCGGCCCAGCCGUAGUGGCCUGCUCACGGAGACCUCUUCGCGCUAUGCCCGGAAGAUCUCAGGUACCACAGCUCUGCAGGAGGCCCUGAAGGAGAAACAGCAGCACAUCGAGCAGCUGCUGGCUGAGCGGGACCUGGAGAGGGCUGAGGUGGCCAAGGCCACCAGCCAUAUCUGUGAGGUGGAGAAGGAAAUCGCCCUGCUGAAGGCACAGCAUGAGCAGUAUGUUGCAGAAGCCGAGGAGAAGCUGCAGCGCGCAAGGUUGCUGGUGGAGAACGUGAGGAAAGAGAAGGUGGAUCUGUCCAAUCAGCUGGAGGAGGAGAGGAGGAAGGUGGAGGACCUGCAGUUCCGCGUGGAAGAAGAGUCCAUCACCAAAGGAGACUUGGAGACCCAGACCCAGCUGGAGCAUGCGCGCAUUGGUGAGCUGGAGCAGAGCCUGCUACUGGAGAAGGCGCAGGCCGAGCGGCUGCUCAAAGAAUUAGCGGAUAACAGGCUGACCACAGUGGCCGAGAAAUCUCGGGUGCUGCAGCUGGAGGAGGAGCUGAGCCUGCGGAGAGGUGAGAUUGAAGAGCUGCAGCACUGUCUCCUCCAGUCGAGCCCGCCGCCCCCGGACCACCCGGAGGCCGCCGAGACCCUCAGGCUGCGAGAGCGGCUGCUGUCGGCCAGCAGGGAGCACCAGCGGGACAGCACCUUGCUCCAGGACAAGUACGAGAAGAUGCUAAAGACCUACCAGACCGAGGUGGACAAGCUCCGGGCGGCCAACGAGAAGUACGCCCAGGAGGUGGCCGACCUCAAGGCCAAGGUCCAGCAGGCCACCAGCGAGAACAUGGGACUCAUGGAUAACUGGAAAUCCAAGCUGGACUCACUGGCCUCCGAUCACCAGAAGUCCCUGGAGGACCUGAAGGCCACGCUGAACUCCGGCCCCGGCGCUCAGCAGAAGGAGAUCGGAGAGCUGAAGGCACUGGUGGAGGGCAUCAAGAUGGAGCACCAGCUGGAGUUAGGCAACCUGCAGGCCAAGCACGACCUGGAGACGGCCAUGCACGGGAAGGAGAAGGAGGGCCUGCGGCAGAAGCUGCAAGAGGCCCAGGCAGAGUUGGCUGAGGUGCAGCAGCACUGGAGAGCGCAGCUGGAGGAGCAGGCCAGCCAGCACCGGCUGCAGCUCCAGGAAGCCCAGGACCAAUGUCGGGACACCCAGCUGCGCGUCCAGGAGCUGGAGGGACUGGACGUGGAGUACCGGGGCCAGGCUCAGGCCAUAGAGUACCUCAAAGAGCAGAUCUCGCUGGCUGAAAAGAAGUUGCUGGAUUACGAGAUGCUGCAGAGGGCAGAGGUCCAGAGCAGGCAGGAGGCGGAGCGGCUUCGGGAGCAGCUUCUGGUGGCUGAGAACAGACUGCAGGCGGUCGAGUCCCUGUGCUCAUCCCAGCACGGCCAUGUGAUCCAGUCCAGUGACCUAUCUGAGGAGAAGAUUCUGAUGAAGGAGACUGUGGAGGGCCUACAGGACAAGCUGAACAAGAGGGACAAAGAGGUGGCAGCCUUGACAUCUCAGAUGGACAUGCUCAGGGCCCAAGUAAGUGCCCUGGAGAACAAGUGCAAGUCGGGAGAGAAGAAGAUGGAUUCUCUCCUGAAGGAAAAGAGACGCCUAGAGGCAGAGCUGGAGACUGUGUCUCGGAAGACCCAUGAUGCCUCAGGCCAGCUGGUUCACAUCAGCCAAGAGUUGCUACGGAAGGAGAGGAGCCUGAAUGAGCUGAGGGUGUUGCUGUUGGAAGCGAAUCGUCACUCCCCAGGGCCCGAAAGAGACCUGAGCCGUGAGGUUCACAAGGCUGAGUGGCGGAUAAAGGAACAGAAACUGAAGGAUGACAUCCGGGGCCUUCGGGAGAAGCUGACUGGGCUGGACAAGGAGAAGUCCCUGUCUGAGCAGAGACGCUACUCCCUCAUCGACCCCGCGUCAGCCCCCGAGCUGUUGAGGCUGCAGCACCAGCUGGUGAGCACAGAGGACGCCCUGCGCGACGCUCUGGACCAGGCCCAGCAGGUGGAGAGGCUGGUGGAGGCCCUGAGGGGAUGCUCAGAUAGAAUUCAGACCAUCAGCAAUUCCGGUUCUGCCAACGGUAUCCACCAGCCAGACAAGGCCCACAAGCAGGAGGACAAACACUGACCUAAGGGACAUCACGGACCGGGCCCCCUUCACACCAGAGCCCUGCCAGGCUUCCCGCAGCACCACCUUCAGGCAGGAGCCAGCGCUGUCCCUUUGGAGAUGAGACUGUUUGUACUGAUCUGGCCUCACCGCCGUGGACAAGUCCAACCCGAACCCCCUGCCGGCCCAGGAGGCUCCCGUAGACACGGCCUUCCGCAGGGCGCAGUAUGGCUGGGCCUGGCCCUGGAGAAUCUCCCUUGUCCCAGGGAGCUUCUCGAAUUUGCAGAGGCUGAAGCAAUCCAGUUGGGCCUCUCUUGGCUAUAGCAGGCUGUCCCAAGGCUUGUCUGGGCACCUGGUUACUUCUUGGCCUCCCUUUCUUCUGGUGUCCCCAGGUCCCCUGGCAGGCGCCUGAGGGAUGAAGCGGGGGGGCCCCUGCUUGGACAGACACACACACUGAGAAGGGCUUCAAUCUUCAGAAACCAGAGAGGGGGUUCCUUGCUUCACAUGCCGAGCCUCUUUUACACAUUGGUACAAGGUCUCUUGGGCCUCUCUAGCCAGGGAAGAUUUGGGGGUGACGGGCUCUUUAUUCCUCGACGCCAAGCUAGUCUGUGUACCUGCCUCCCACCUGCCUUCCAGAAAGCACUGAGCAGACAGCUACAGUAUUAGGUGCGCGCGCAAACCCACCCUUGCCCCCAUCUUGACCUUGAGCUAGGCCUGCCCUUCCUGCCUUGGGGCUUGGGUCCGAGAGCAGGUACAGAACUCUUUAAACAGAGCAUCAUAUGGUGUUAUACUGGGUGAGGGAAAUCAACCCGGCUCCCUUUAUUUCUGGGAGCCUCUGUUACUCCAAAGACCCCAGCGUCCCACAGAGGAGCUGCCGCUGUCUUCCCAGGCAGGACAGUGUGGUUAAGUCCCUCAGGAUGGCCCAGAUGGCCUCUGUGAGCACUGCCAGGCGCUGGCAGGUGGCGCUCACUCUCGCCCUUAGGGACGAAGAGUCGAAUUAGCCCUUUCAGCCCAACCCCUGCUUCCCGUUGGCUUUUGGGCCGCACUUGCCUUUAACAACAGCAGCCUAGAGCCUAGGACUGAUGCUUUAGCGGCCCAACCGCAGAGUCAAGUUCUGCUCUUCCCAGCACAACUGGGCAGCUCCUGGAUUAGGAAUUAACAGCCAAAGGCUCCCACAGUAGGGACCAGACGGGGCUGAGCCGUCUGGAGUGGGCUUGCACCUGGCAGGUGUGCAAGAAGCCAUUCCCCAUAAGCACUGGCCUUUGCAGUGCUCCCCAGCCUACCUGGUGUGGCCACCCAGCUGUGGCUCAGCCAUCCCCCCCCGUGGAAUUGUGGAAGUGUGGCAAGUCCAUGUUUGGACAAUAAAGCUUGUGACUGAGGUG